AUGCACUACGAUGCAAGCACAUACAGCAACGUGCAGGCCCAUGUCCAGCUGCAACAAUCAUCAGGGCCACCGCUGCCGCAACAUCAGCUACGCCAGCAGCAACGGCAGGUGCAACAGCCGCAGCAGCACUGGCAGCAGCGGGAGUGGCAGCAGCAGCAGUGGCAGGCCACUCCUCCACCCCCUCCACCCCUGCCUGCCAGUCCGCAGCAGUUGCAGUUUGCUGUUCCAUUGCAAUACCAGCAGACCAGGCAGCAACAGCAACCCGCAACACUCCCCCCGCAGCCACAGCUGUCUGCAAAUUCAUCACAAGGAACGCAACAACAAGAGGUCGGAGCCCCACAAGGGGGCUGCUACAGUCGGCGUGCGCCGCAGUUUCGGUCGCCGUUUGCUGCAGCAGUUGCGGCGCUUAGAGCUACACCUCGCCAUGCUGCCGCAGCGCCAAGGCCUCAGGAAGAGAUUGUUCUCAGCAGCAGUAGCAGCGAGUCGGAAGAGGAGGCUCGAGCCCCAUUUGAGCACGCGCAGCAACACCACAAUCGGCGACAGGCUGCGCAGCAGCAGCAACGGCAGCAACGCCCGCAGCGGCAGCCACACCAGCAGCAGCAGCCACAACAACAGCAUUUGCCGCAUCAGCAGCAACAGCAGUCACAGCUGCAGCAGCAAUGGACACAUCGGCGAGAACAGGGGGACCAGCACCAGCAACGCUGGCAGCAGCAAAAACAAGAGCAGGAGAAGGAGCAGCAGGAGCACCACCGGCAGCAGCAGCAGCGGAAGCAGCAGCAGCAACCGAGGCCUGGCGACGGGAGGCCUCAGGGUACAGGAACGCUCCGCAUGGACACUGUAGCUGCUGAAUCUUCUACCCCAGCGCCGAGCACAACAGGAAUGAGCAGCAGGAGCAGCAGCAGCAGGAAUGCGUUUGAACUGAAUGCAGACUGUUUUCUGCCUGAAUUAUCAGGUUUAAUUAAGUGGCGAGAUGGCCGGCUUCAGAAAGCGCUGCGCUUUGCGUGCGAAGAAGAUGGUGUGCAACCGAGCGAGGCAGACAGAGACUCUUUCAUCGUCGACUCGGAUACGGCGAAUUGCCGGAUUGUGGACGCAGCGGUAUGCGAGUGCAGCUGCCCGAGCCGCGACCCGCUAUGUUCACAUUUGCUGGCUGUUGCAGUGUGGCAGCAACAGCAGCAGCAACAGCAGCAGCAGCGGCACCAACGGGGCUUGCCGCUUCAUCGGGAGUUCAGUCUUCGUCUGGCUAUCAGCGCAUUCAUCAAGCAAGAGCUACUGAGACUCGCGAGCGAAGCGUUUGUCCCCCUCAAGCCGUUCAGCUGCGAGGCGCUGCUUCAAGACCUGUGGCUGCGGCUCCUGCGCAGGUUUCCUCCUGCUGCGGCAGCUCGUGCUGCAGCCGGACUUGCUGUCGGCCUGCUGAUGCGUUUCGCCCAGAAGGCGAAAGGCGCAUUACCAGACGUCCCCUCCUCGGCCGGCUGCAAGCGAACGGAAGAGCCGCAAGAAGACAAGAUCGAGGAGGAGGAGCAGCAACAGCAGCAGGAAGAACCGCAGCAGGAGGAAGCGCAGGGACAGACAGAUAUCCAGGAACAAAACGCGGAGCAGCAGAAGCAGCACCAGCAGCAGCAACAAGACCAGCAAGGACAGCACCGCGCGGAAGAUGGUUCAGGAUCGGCUGCAGAUGACCAGGCCAGCAGCAGCUGCAGCAGCGAUGGAGCCGCAGGAACUUCUGGGGGGCAUUCCAUUUGCUCUGUGCCUCCUGAAGAGGCUCUGAGCCGUCUCAUGCUGCAGCUGCCGCUGCAGCUGCAGCGCGCAGACGCACGCGAGGGGGAGCAGGAGGGGCUUCUCAAGGUGCUGCAUGCACUGGAGGCAGCUGUGUUCCCUGUAGCAGAGUCCGGCGCCGUGCACACUCUGCUGCAACUGCUGCAGCGCGAGGACGCGGGUGCUGCUGCUGCUGCUGUGGAGGAGGGGCUUCGCCUAAAGGCUGCGGGAGGCAGCAGUGGAGACGCUGCAGCAGGCCACCCGUCUGUCGAGCUUUAUGUGCGCUUUGCUUUAUUAGUGCUGCAAACCGCAGCGGCAGCAACAGCAGUAGCGUCUGCGGCAGGGGCUUCUGUGCAGACGGGGCUGAUAUACAGGGUGUGUGUACACCUUGUGCGGAUGCAGUUCUCUGCUGCUGCUGCAUCUGCCCUGCAAAACAGCAGACCGCUGGCUGAUGCAGCAGCACUAGACCUCUUCAUAUCAGAGUUGCGGCGGUCCGUAAUGGAGGUCCCCGCCAGGGCCCCCCUACGGCCCUCGACUGAGGCGGGGGUUCCCAUAUCCCUUCCCGCUCUGUGGAGUGAGGGAGCGCUUUCGCGUGCUGCACAGGAUGUCUUGGUUUCUGAGUUGCAACGGCAAGCCCACGGCUGCAUACACCUGGCAGCCACGCUGUGCAGCCCUUGGGAUAUCGCUGCAGCUCUUGCGCAGAGCUCCCGCAGCUGUGCGAAGGAGCCGCAGCUGCAGCGGCAGCAGCAGCAGCAGGCAGCCGCGGUGGAGCGUUGCUUGCAGCGACUGGUGUCGCAGCAGCAGCACCAGCAACAGCAGAGAGCUCUAUCGUGGGAAGCUGCUGCGAUGGCCAUCGACGCGGCUCCUGCGCUCGUCGACCUGCGCACUGUUUGCAGCUGGGACGACACACUGGAGCCGUCUUUUGGGGACCUGGAGUCCUUCCUUAGCCGCCACGGCAGUACGCCCUUUGUUGCAACCAGGAAUAGCAGCAGCAGCAACAGCAGUAGCAGCAGUAGCUUGCUUAGUCGGAAUGUUUUCGUGAGCAUUGAGGGGGGGAGCAUCGUGCGUGUGCCCAACCCCACGCAUGAUACGCUACGGCAGUUGCUGGAUAGCCUAAACAGUAGAUCUGCUGCUGCUGCAGUCGCAGCGCUUGCAGCUCUGCUGUGGCAGCCGCAGUCGCAGCGGCAGUGCAUCGGCAGCAUCAGCAACAGCAGCGUCUGGGAUGCUCGUCGCUUGCCUUCUCAUAACCCGGCAACUCUACAGAGCGAAGUCCGCAGUUAUUUGCAGCAGCGUGCCGACCUUCAGCAAAAGCAGCAGCAACAGCAGCAGCAAGCGUGGGGGGACUUUUGCUGCAGAGUUCUUUUGGAGGCCCCUAGGGUCCUGAUAGAUGCGUGCAUUGUUGUAUUGUUGGCGCCAAUUGUGGAUGUCUUUGGCUCUGGGGUCCUCACUGCUGCUGCUGAGCGCUUUGUGUUUAUUUCAACGUUCUGCUGCCAGCAGCAGAUGCAGGUGGCUGAGGCGACUUCAGCAGCCACGCACAGCAGCGGAAGCGCACAGACAGAUGCCUUUCUGCUGCUGCUGCUGGGAACGAGGGCAGCCUUCAGACCGUUGUCUUCCCAUCUGCAUGGGGCACUGCAGCGGUGCAUGCAGCUGCUGCUGCCUGAACACGAAGUACUGGCUGCGUUGGAGAUACUGCAGCAGCCAAAGGCGCUGGAGGCAAAACAGCAGCCCCCACUCAGGCCCCAGCAGCAGCCGCAGCUGCAGCAGCAGCAGCAGCGGCAAGUUAGCAGCAACACAACUGGCGGCGUCACUGCAGCGGAGCAUGACCAAGCUGCAGGAGUAAAACCAGCAAAUGCUGCAGCGCCACCUACAACAGCUGCAGCGACAACAACAGCAGCAAUAGGAGCGCCAACAACCACUAGCGUGGGGAUACUAUUUGAUGACGGCGAUACGAUCCUGCUGCUGCCACGCCAGCGCAGCAGAGCUCCAUCUGACCGUCCCAAGCCUGAAGACAAGGGUGCGGCGGGCACCUUUGCUUCAGCAGCAGCCCCUUUAGCAGCUGCUCCAGCUGCAGCUGGUGCCGCUGCUGCUGCGGUUGCAGGUUCUACGCUGGCAGCUGAGAAGGCAGCCGGCCCUGCGGCGGAUCUGUGGGGGAAUGAAAGCCCUGAAGAAUUUGUGCUUCGACUGCGGACUGAGGAGUUCGGCGUAGGCCUUAGCAGCAGCAACGGCGAUGCAGCCUUGGCGACUGCUGCUGGUACUACUGCUGCUGCUGCUGCAGAGGAGACACUUGUUGAUGCUGUGUUGCGGAGGCAGCGGGAGCGGCUCACCCGAGCCCUCAGCCGCCUGGCCGGGGACUUGUACUCUUCAGAGGGCCACCUGCAGCUGGAGCUCCUGCAGAAUGCAGACGACAACGUAUACGCCUUGCCGCUGCCGCUACCCCCUGCAGCAUUGCUGCUGCAGCCGCAGCAGCAGCAGCACCUUCUUUCCCGGAUACCCGCCCUGACAGUCCCGUCGUUGCAUUUCGAGCUCCUCCCUGAAGGCCUCUGUGUCUUCAAUAAUGAAAGAGGUUUCACACCAGCAGACGUGCGGGCCCUGUGCGACGUGGCACGCAGCACCAAAGAUCCUCAGCUGCAGCAGCAGCAGCAACGGGAGCAGCAGCAGCCCCAGCAAGGACAGCAAAGUAAGGUUCGCCGCAUAGGCAGGUUCGGCGUGGGCUUCAAGUCUGUAUUCAGCCUCUCGGAUGAACCUCACAUCGUUUCGUGCACAGGAGUUGCACUGAAGUUUUCGGCUAAGGACAGCAGUGGCCUCGGCUUUGUGCUCCCUCACCCACUGCCCUCGCGGGACUGGAGAAGAUUCCUUCCAGCGGAGGCACUUGAGGGAGCGCUCCUUGCUGCGCAGGACCCUCUGGCCUUGGCGAAGACAGGCAGCAGCAAAACGAGCAGCAGCGCGAGCUGCAGCAGCAGCAAUGACUGCUGCUGCUCCAUCUUGUCGCCGCAUUCCCAGCAAACAACAGGUGCAACGGCAGCCGCUGCGCCAGCAACAGAAGCAGCAGCGGCAGAAGCGGUUAUACGCGUCUGGCGGACGAUCAUUUGGCUACCUGUCCGGCCAGCGUUAGAGAAAGGGUGGGCGAGGGAAGGAGACAGCCUCUCGAGCCGUCUCUCGGUGGUGGAGCCUCACUGUCUCCUCUUCCUUCGCCGGGUCCGUCGAGUCUCAUGUCGCAGUCAGGCAAACAAGAGCUGCUUCUUGCUCAAAAAACACACAUUUUCACGCAUCGAUGCUUCAGUAUUCAAGCAGCAGCACCAACAGCAGCAGCAGCAGAGGCAGCAGCAACAGAAGCAGCAGCACGUGUAUGAUUUGCCGAGCUGUGCACAGCACGUUGUCCUGACCUCCUGCCGCCGUGCGCUGGAGUCGACUUCUCCACUGCUGUGUGACCGUUGGAGCAAUUGCAGGGGAGGAGACGGCCAAUGGCAGCAGCGCCAGCAGCACUGGUUGCUAGUGAGCCACACACCGGUAGGGUCUCCCCCUGUUGCGGGGCCCAGUGACGAGCCUCUUGUAGUAGCUCUGCCCCUAACGCCAGAUGGAUACGCGGCGGCGACUCCGGAAGCAGCAGUUGCGCAUCCUUCUGCUGCAGCAGUAGCAUCGGACACGAAUCGCAGCAGCAGCAGCAGCGGCAGCAAUGAUGAUGGGAGCAGCGGCCACAGCACGGGGUGGCCGCUGCACUGUUUUCUGCCCGUGAGGGGCUUUGGGUUGCCCUUCAUUCUUCAGGGCGCCUUUAGUUUGACUGCCUCACGUGAAGACCUGAGGUGUGGAGACAGCUGGAACUGUUGGCUGCUGCAGCAGCUGCCUGCUGCUCUUUGCACAGCCCUCUCAGUAUGCACAUCGGCCCACCCGGAGCUGCAGGAGUCGUUGCUGCUGUUUGCUCCACUUGUUCAUGCUGCUGGGGCUGCGGGGGGCUCCGCGGGAAUGGUUGGCGAUGCUGCGGCUGCUGCACUAACUGCCGUGAAGCAGCUAGAGUGUUUGUUGGCUGUAAACCCUUGUAUUGAGGCGCAGCAGCAACUGCAACAGCAACAACAGCAACUGCAGCAACAGCAGCAAGCAGCACCAACUACCGUUGAGGACUUUAUAUGGUGCUGCCCAGCACGCGCAGUGCUCGCUUGCAGUGGUGCAGGCGAGAGUGCUUCCGGGUCAUAUGCUACUGCGUCUCUGUGUCCUUCCAGCAGCAGCAGCGGCAGCGACAGCAGCACCAGCAGCAGCGGCGGGUGCAGCGCACAGACAGGGUGGCCAGUGCCACCUUGGCUGUUGGAAAGGGCCAUAGGUCGGGUAUACGUACACCCGAGAGUGCUGAAGCAUCUCGAGCCGGCCGCCCUCCGUUCGCUCGGGGUGAGCGACUUGGGGUCGUGGGAUGUAGUAGAGAUACUGCGGUGUCUCGUCAGGCUGCAACAGGAGGGCCCGGGCAGCCAGGUGGAGCAGCAGCACCUUGACCACAUACUGCAGCCGCAAGGAAUCGGUCGGUUGCUGCUGGUGCUCGAAAGCGUCUGUAUGCAGCAGCAACCGUCCUUGCAGCAGCGGGCAGCUCUGGGAGCUCUUCGGAGCAUUCCUUUCCUCCCUACAGUGUGCGGGCGCUUCGUUGCAGCAGACGACGCGAAGCUGACGUUGUGCCUCCCGCCGCACGCAGCUGCGCCUGGCGCAGCGGCAGAAGCAGCAGCAGCGGCAGCAGCAGGCAGCGUUUCACAGCCCUUGAGGGCAGACCUCGGCGAUGGGGCGAGUGGGGGACUCACUGAGAGCUCCACCGGGAGUCAGCUUGUGGUGUACGUACACCCUGGUGUCCUGGAACCGUGGACGAUAUCAGCAGACAACCGGCAGCAGCAAGAGCAUCUGAAGCUGCUGGCGCAGGAUGAGCCGCAUAAACAACAGGUGCUUUCAGAGACGGAGCAGCAGCAGCUGGCAGCGGACUGCAUGAUGCAGCGAUCCCGCGUGGUGCGGUGUCUACGGAGUCUGGGCAUAGAUUAUCUGCGGCCGCAGCAGGUGCUGAAGCAGCGCCUGCUGCCCUUGUUACAGCAGCCUGACCUGGGAGAUACUACAACAGAGAGUGAGCUGGUGGGUUAUCUCUUCUUUCUCGUCUACCACUGUCGCAGCCUGGCGGCCUUGAUGCAGGUAGACAGGAGCGUAUGCAGGCAGCAGAUCCUCCGUUUGCCCGUCUGCACUGACAAGGGCACUAGGGUAGCCCUGGGCACGCCGGCGCUGCGGUGUCUUUGGGGGGAGGGGUCACAGAGCACGCAGCAGCAGCAGCAGCAACAGCAAAGGCAGCAGCAGCAGCAGGCGAUGUUGCUGCAGCUUUACAGACAGCUGCUUCCCGAUUGUCUAUUCCUUUCAUCUGCGUACUCCCGAGUUGUCUCUCUUCCCACUUGGGGGCAAUUCUGUGAGCUUGUCGGGCUGCAGCGCCUGCUGGAGGUUUCCUCUGUCAGGUACUGGCUGCACAUCGAUGCGCCGCCACAGAAGCUGCAGCAGGAGCAGCACGAGCAGCAGCAACAGCAACAGGUUUUUAACGCCACUUCACGCAUCAAACUCGCCGCCGUGAAUGGUGUCCCAGUACCUGAGGAGAGCAGCGGCUGCAGUGUGACAGAGGAGCUGCUGGUGCAGCUGUCCCGUUGGUGGGAGACCCCGAGGCUGCAGUGGCUGCAGGCGGCGCUUCAGCAGCAAGGCUGGGAUGUCUCCGAUGCACCAUAUGACCCCGCUGCAGCCGCUGUCUCCUCAGGUGUGUCCGUGUUGGUGGAGGACUUCGUCUGCCUCGACUUCGAGCGACUCGUUGCCGCCGCUACCGCCGUUACUGCUGCUGCCGGAAGCAUCAGCAGCGGCAACAACAGCAGCAGCGGCAGCUGCAGCGAACAGGUACAGACUAUGGUGCGGCUGCCGCUGCAACGGGUGUUGCCGGUCAGGCGAGAGCUGCAGCAAGCUGAAAGCCUUUCCUUGCGUCUUGUGGUUGGAGUCUUAGCGGAGGCGCAGCAGCGCUGGCAGCACUAUAAGCGCUUGCGCUGGCAGCUAUGUGCUUCCGGCGCAGCAGCAACAGCAUCAUCCGCGGCAGAAGGGCAGUUCACACUGCAGCAGCAGCAGCAGCAGCAGGAGAGCUCAUCUUGUAGCGAACGAUGGGAGGCAGCCGCUUCAGGACUGCGGCAGCCGGUGGCUGCGCUUCUCGCCGGAGGAGAUGCAACCUCCUCCCUGCUUAUGCAACUGCGCUGCAGUGCAUGGCUGCCGGCAGUUGCGUGUGACGCCUUAUCUAUCUCUGGAACCGCAGCAUUACAGGGCGGGAAGGCACAGCAGCAGCAGCAGCAGCUCUUCGUGCUCGACUGUGAGGGAGACCAAAGCUCUUCGGACAGCAGCAGCUCAAGCAGCACGGAUAGCCAGGAGGAAGCAGCAGGAUCACUGCCGCCGAUGGGACGCAGAAGCAACAGCGCAAAUGGCACGCCUCGCCGGAUGAAUAGCAAGAAGCGCUGUAUCCAUCUGGUCGACGACUCCGGCAGCAGCAGCAGCAUUCGCACUCGGAGCAGGAGCAGCAGCAGCACUGCCGAUCCCUCCGCAAGUGCUGCUGCAUGCCACACCAUCAGAGACGACAGCCCUUCACCCCGCGCGUGCCUUAGAUGCGCCGGUAACAACGACAUCAGGGGCAACAGCAGAAGCAGCAGUAGCAACACCAUCAGCGGUAACAACAACAGCAACAACGCGCACUGGCACUGGCGGUUCGUGGGUCUGCGUAAGCCGCAAGAGCUAGCAGCGCCCACGAGCAAGUGCGUCGAGGUGUACGGACGGCUGGUAGAAUAUCUGCACCCUCUAGCGGAACGAUUGUUGCAGCAGCAGGAGCAGCCACAACAGCCCCAAGAGCCGCAACAGCCGCAGCAGCUUGGGGUGGAGGUUCAGCAUCCGCUGCGCAGCAGCAGAACCAGCAGCGCUCUUGACUCGUUAGCCGACGCGGGAAGCUGCCUGGACACCCCUGAGAUUGAAGAACUGCUGCCAGCUUCACCGGAGGGCCCUGCAGCAGCAGCAGCACUUGAUUUGCUGUUUGCUUGCGGGUGCUUGUCGCGUGCAGCGCACUGGUUGGAGGAACGUUUGACGCCGGCCAAGGCAGCCAGGGCAGCAGCAGCAGCACAUAGUGCAUACAGCAGGGAGGAACCAGAGGGACUCCACCGAAUGCCAGAAGAGGCGACGGCUGCAAACGUGCUGCUGUCUCUUUCUUCUCAUCUGCAGCGCGGAAGAAGCCCAGUGGCGAGUACUCUGCCGGGGGCAGGAGGCCACGGCGACAGCAGCAGCAGCAAGGACAGCAGCAACAACAGCAGCAACGACGGCGGCAGCAUGGGCGGCGUGAAUGGCUGCGGAGCUGGAGGAACGUCUUCACGCGACGCGCCUCUCUCCCUGGCGGCCUGCUUCUUAGCGGCAGCUGACGCGUCUUGCAGGGAAGGGCGAUGCUGCUGCAACCACAGCAGCAAAGGCAGUAGUAACAGCAGCGACUGCAGCGAGAAGCUCAUGAGCUGCAGCUGCCUGUAUCAGCACUUGGGAGGCCGCAGCGUCUCCUUAUUUUGCUGCUGCUGUAUCACAGUUGUCAGAGACUGUUUUGGCUUGCUGCAGUAUCUCGCUCGUAUGCGGCAUCCAGCAGCGACUGCAGCGGCAGCGGUAACAACAGCAGCAACUGGCGCUGUGACGGCAGCAGUAGAGCAGCAGCCCAGCCUCUGGACUGUCCGCAGUUGCGGACAGGCUGUGCUGCUUCCGCAACCUGCAGCCCCCGCGACCUUGCUAGGGGAUUCAGAACAAUCCGCUGUUGCUGAUCCUGCUGCUGCUGCAGCUACUCUUGGCUGCUGCAUCAGCUGGAGGGCACCGUCUGAGUCGAUCUUCCGCCUUCCGCUGGGGGCCCCCCUUGCAGCCUUUCGCAGGUGCUGGCCUUUAGAGGACAUCGCGCUGCUGCUGGACAGACAAUGCACUCAGGUGACGCAGCCUCGCCCCACAGAGCCGUCGCUUUCCGUCGAGCAGCAGCAGCAACAGCAGCAGCAGCAACAGCAGCAACAACAGCAGCAGCAGCUGCGGCUUGCUGAGCUGGAUGUCUUUUUGCUGCAAGAUCUGUGCGUAACAGAAUACCCGUCCCUCAAGGACUGCGUCGAGGCCCUGGCUCGGCUAACAAACUCAGGAAGGGUACUUUCGGGGGGUGAAGGGGGAAGGGCGACGCCUGCAGCAACAGCUACAGCAGCGACAGCAGCAGGAAUUGCUACUGGCACACACCAACGGCAGGUUACGCAUGCGCUGCCCGGCAGGCCCCGCAAACUGCGGCGGUAUGCAGCUGCAAAUGACGACGGCCCAAGCCCGUUGUCGCCCCUUGCUGCAGUGCAUGACUCAGGUUCAGCAGCAGCUGCAACAACACCAGCGGCAGCAAUAGCAUCAGCAUUCCCGGUUAAGUGCGUUGACAGCAGGCUGCUGUUGCAUGUAGUUGCGCUCUUGCUGCACCUCGACCAACACUGCAGCAGCAGCAGCCUCAGUCUCCACUCCGUCAUAAGAGGGCUUCCUGUGGUCCCGUGCUUUCAGCUGUCUCCAUCCUCCGCUGUCUCCUCCAAGGGUCCUCGCUGUGCCGCUAAUGUUUCUAACGGCGUACUGCAGCUGCGGCUGCUGCCCGUGGGGAGCCCUAUGUGGCUGCGUCUGACAGCGCGGGAUUGCCGGCUGUGGGAGCUGCUGCAGGCUGGUGCAGCAGCAGCAGCAGCUACAGGAUCCACAGUGCAGCGAGGAGAUAUCGAGGUUGACUGGCCUCCUGGGGAUGGCCGAGAUAGAUCAAUGUGGGGCGAAGAAUCGAAGGGGCUCGGUUAUCCUUCAGUUGUGUGGUACUGUGGGGCUGGAUGCAGCUGGGGAGACCUCGCCGUCUCUGCUGCAGUGAGCGACUGCAGCAAAGACGAAGGCGGCAAGCUGUGCGGUGCUUGCGAUGCUCUGGUGAGUCGGCGCCUGCAGCACCAGGGCUUGCAGGGACGGCAACCCGUGCUGCAGGCCUGGCUGCAGUUGCUGCAGCAGCGGCUGGCUGUGGGGCCCCUCAGCUCUGCCUGCUUGGUGCAGCUGACUGCGGCUCCUCUUCUGUGUCUCCGUGGCGCGGCAUCGUCGCUGGAGACGAUCCCGCUCAGGGCGCCUUCUUAUGACUCCAGACAGCUGGCGCAAGGCCUCGCCCUCGAAGGCUUGAGACAGAGGCUGCUGCUGCUGCUGCUGCCGGCCGCCCGACGCUACCUCCUCCGCAGAGACACACACCGCUACCUCUUAUUGCAGCGCCAGUGGCUCCAGGACCGCCAGAAGCAGCAACAGAUGAUCUCAGGGGAGUCCCCUGAGGAUAUGCGCAAGCCGUGCUGGCUGCAGCUGCUGCAGCGUCUGUUGUUGCUGCUCUGCAGGGAACUCCGCAGCAGAGUUUGUUGCGUCGAGUCAGGGGCAACGGGGCCCUGGGAAGCCUGUCCCGCAGCGUUGCAGUGGGAGAACAUCCUCGAAGGAGACGAAGAGCUCCCAGCCAGUUACAGCGGUAGCAGUAAUAUUGCCAGUAGCAGCAACAGCAGCGCCAGCACUGCCAACAGCAGCAGCAGCAACAGCAGCACCUGGAGCAGCCAGUGCUUGAACGGACAGAACAGGUGGGAGACAGAGGACACGGCUGGAGCCUCCUCUCCUCUCUUCUUGGCAUGGGACGUAAGACACGAGUCUCUGAGUGCUGCUCUUGUGCAGCUAGAAGUAGUCGAGGGCAGCAGCAGCAGCAGCAGGAACAGCGAUGCUCAAGUCGGGAGGUUGUUUGCUGCAGCGCAUGCAGACGAUCUGCAGGAACUGCUGCUGCCAUCUUUCCCUGGGGAUUUUUUCAAUGAGUUUUCUCGGAUAUUUUCGCUAAGGGGGAGAAGGGAUGAGCCUCUUGCCUCUUUUUUGUUGCUGGUAUAUUCACGGUUGCAGCACAAGUUGCUUCAGUGGCUCAUGCGGCCCCCGGAGGGUGGCGUGCUCCGUUUGUUGCAGGGACUGCAGCGUAGCAGAAGCAGCUUCUGCUGCAGACUGUCCACUGCUGCUGCUGCAGCAAUCGUGGGAGCAGCAUUAGAGGACUGCCUCAAGGCUGAGGGCCUCUGGGAUGAACCCCUAGAUACCCCCGAACUGCAGCAGCGCUGCAUUGCAGGUAUACGGGAGAUUGUUCAGGCUGGGAGCAGCAGCAGUAGCAGCAACGUUGCUACUGGUAGCCGUUCUUCUGCUGCUGAGUUGACAGAGGGCACAACGGCAAGUGCCUCUGAGGUGCUUCGGCUGCUGGAGGAGGAAGCAGCUGCAGCAAGCGAGAGGAUGGGAAGAAUAGAAGAGGGUACAACGGGGCAUCUGUGGUUGCUGCGCGACGCUUGGUUCGUACUUAUGGCUAGCGGGGACGUUGCGGAGACAAUUCCUGCGGCAUCUGCUGCACUUCAAGACACAGAGGCAGCAGAUGCAGCAGAAGAAGCAGGAGAUGCAGCUAGUGAGACGGCAACAGCAGCAGAACAAGUCGAUACAAUCAUGCAAGAUAUGAAGGAACCUCUAGAAGGGAGCGGAGAGUCCCCUGGGAACGUGCGGAGGAGGCAGGGAUCACACGACGCCGCUGCUGGUGCGCGCAAAGGGGACAGAGAUGAAGGGCAGCAGGGCGCUGCCUCGCGCAGCCGCGUCAGCUGCAGUGGCAGCAGCAAUGGGAGUCGCAGUAGUUGCAGCAGCAGCAGAAGCAGCAAGGACAGCAGCAGUGAUGUGGAGGAGUUGUCUCCUGAGGCAGCUGGGUGGGAGGAGGGCGCCGAGGAGGCUGCAGCUGUAACUGCAGCCAGACGCUCUCCAUGGAGAUCUCCUCCCAGAGUCGAUACACUGCAGGAGGAGGCGCUGUUCGGGUCGCUGCACAGAUCGGGAGAAGACCCACGGGCAGCGGAGGCCCCCUCCGCAUGGGGGCCCCAAGGAGACAGUCAACCUGGACAGGGGACAGGUUCCCGUCUCCAAGAAGCCUUCAGUGAGGAACAGUUCGUCUCCCUGGGCGAGUUCGAGGCGCAGGCCGUAGAAUUACGUCAAGAGGGGGAAGCUCUAGUGUACAGGUAUCUGCAGCGGCUGCUGCAGCAGCAGCUGGCAGACAAGACGGCGCAGGUUUUGUGGCUGAAUGAAGAACACGAGAGCGGACAGAGCUAUGAUAUCCUUGUCAAGGAGUAUCCGCCUGUGGGUGCAUGCGCCCCACCGCGGCUAACGUUUGUAGAGGUGAAGAGCAGCACAACUCGGCACAAGAGCUACUUCGAGGUCUCCCACAGGGAGUGGAAUCUGGCCCAGCAACACGGAGACAACUUUCAUAUAUACAGAGUCCUCGAGGCGAACUCCGCGCAGCCUCAGAUCUUCCGCGUAGCCUCAACUAUCUGCGGUGUACAUACACCUCCUACAUUCGCAGUGAACUGGGAAGAGGCCUGGAUGGCUAUAGAGCUAACAAAGGCCGUUUUAUUGAUGUUCUGCCCGUGGAAGGAAACCCCCAACGGAGGGCCGCUGCCUGAGAUCGACCGGGUGUUGGUGAAUGAAUACAUUCAGUGCUGCAGCAACUGCACGGGCAGCAGCAGCAACUGCAGCAACAGCAAUUGCAGCAGCAGCACCAACUGCAGCAGCAGCAAAAACAACAACAACAACGGCAGCAAUGCAUCAGGGAGUGUAUCUUCUGCGUUGUGCCCCUCUUGUUUCUUCAAUUUGUAUAUCAAGCCUCGCAAGCCAUGUCUGUUGCGUCUGGUGCGGGAGGAAAGCCCCACAACGUGCAUGCAAGCAUCAGACGCGCUGGCAGAUGCGCGAGCUCUGAAGCACUGGAAGGACCUCAACUACCUGAAGCAGACUGCCGGCCAUGAAACAAUUGACGUCGAGAUCAGGGGCGCCCAGGGGGCCCCCAGCUUCGGAAAGGGACAGUACCAGCAGCUGCCUUUUGGGGAGGUGUUGCAGAGGCUGCAGAGAGGGGACACUUCGUUGUACGUGACAACACAGCGCAUAGCCAGCGACAAAUAUGGCCCCAAGGCUGUAUGUGGCGCGCCCUUGAGCGGGUCUUUGGCGGGGGACUUCCCUACGGCGCCUGCCUUGGCAGGACACCUCAUUGUCUCCCAGUUUAAUAUCUGGAUGGGGCACAGCAACCAGGGGAGCAGCACGGGGCUGCAUCAUGAUUUCCACGACAACUUCUAUUGUCUUCUGCGCGGGAAGAAGGAGUUUCGGCUGUACAGCCCCCGGCUCUGCGGUUUGUUGAGGCCUUGGGGCUGCAUGAGGAGCUCCAACUGCCCUGCCAUUCAUCCUAAUGGGCUUAUUUCCUAUAUCCCAUCCAUUCGAGAAGACGGUGCGCAUGAGGGCACCGUGCUGCGGUCACGGCAAAUGGCUCUGGAGGAGAGCAUAAGAGAGUUGGAGCAGCAGCUGCUCAGCACCAAGGCGGGGCUGCAUGCAGCGGAAGCAAGCGGGAAGGAGACUGGCGGCUUCAGCGCUGAGAUUAAGCUUCUUGAGGACAAACUGGCCCAGGCUGAGGCCGACCUCGACGAGUGUCUCGAAGCUGCGCUGGCUGCAGCUGGUGAAGACAGCGACUGUGACGAUGGUGACUCAGCAGGCAGCGACGGUGAUAUAAACCAAGGUCGCCUCGUAAAAGAAGGCGAAACGCCUGAUCAUUUUUGUCUCGAGAACACCCGGCGUUGUGCAGCAGCCUCAUGGGAAGGCCCCGUGACAGCAUCGAACUGCUUGGAGCGCUUCUGGAGUGUCUGGGUGACAGAAGGAGACAUAUUGUAUUUACCUGCCAGUUGGUUUCAUGAGGUUAUCUCCUACUCUGGAAACAGUGUGAAGCAGACAGCAGCAAACAUCAGCGAAGAUAGUCGACAAGAUGUAGACCCAGUACACCUGGCAUUUAACAUAUGGCUGCAUCCCCCCGCCUCAGAUGGCACAUUUGAGCAGCCCUAUUGUGACUCCUUCUGGGCCCAGCAUGCAGCCAAGCAGCUGCAGCAGCUGCAGCAGCAUGCAUCACGGGACACUGCAGCUGCAGCGACAAAGAAAAAAGCCUGCGAUGGCCUCAUACAGGCCAGUAUACCUGCCACCAACGGACCUCAGGCCCGAGAGGCAUGCGGGUCAGUGCCUGGCGAUCGUGUGUUGACAGGGCGGGGCUGCUGCAGCAGUGCAGCACCUGCAGCAACUCCAGCAGCAGGAGAAACUGCAGCACCUGCAUCUUCUCUCAAGCCCAGGCCCAAGUGCUGCACUAAGCGGGCUGGAUGUUACAUUCACCUCAAGGCAGUGCCGCGGUCCCGUGCCCUUGUGAGGCUUCGGCGACUGAGAGGUACUCUGAAGAGGAAGGCAUACAAAUGA